UCCUACUGUUCAGUUGUUCUGCCCUCACAACUCGAUCGUCGGUGCCAUGGCGGAAUUUGUUGUAGGUCCAAUCAUGGAGAAGAUCAUCAACGCUUGCGCUGAUUACCUGGAAGAUCAAGUCGGAGGGCAGACGAGCAUGAAGAAGGAACUGGAAAGCCUGCGAGAGAACCACCCGAAGAUCCAAGCUAUCGUCUUUGCCGCUAACCAAGCACAGAUCUGCGAUCAGAACCCGGCUUUCAACAAAUGGAUAUGGCAGCUGCGAGAUGCUAUUGAUGAGGCAGAUGAUGUGCUCGAUGAGUUCGAGUACAUGAAGCAUAAAGAACAGCUCACCAAAAACACGGAAGAAACAAAGAAACGAAAGGUCACGAGCUUCAUAUUUGAAAUUCCUCGUAAAAUUUUCAAAAUUGGCGAGCGUGUUCUCAAAAUGGAUCCCAACUUGAAGCGACUGGAGGAGGCUGUGCAGAAACUUGAUAAAGUUUCGGCUGAUGUUACUACUUUCCUUCAUCUUUUAGACAGCGCGAAACAGGAACAGAAGGAGCAGGAGGUUGAUUUCUACAAAACACGUGAAACAGGAUAUUUGCCUAAACAUGUUCUCAUCGGGCGGCGCAAGGAGAAAGAGCUUCUUAUGGAGUGGCUGAGGAAUCCAUCAAAUGAGCAUCGGGGAAGUGAUUUGUACAGAAACAUUUCUCUUCUAUCUAUAAUGGGCCAUGGUGGUAUGGGGAAGACAACUCUCUUGCAACAUGUAUAUAAAGAUGAAAUUACGAAGGACUUUGAUCGUAAAAUGUGGGUUUGUGUUUCCAACAACUUUGAUGUGAAAAAAGUUAUUGCAGAUAUGUUCGAAUGUCUUAAGAAUGAGAGGCCUCGUUUGGAGACACUUGUGGCACUUCAAAGGCUUCUCGAUGAGGAGGUGAUGUCCAAAAAGUUCUUACUUGUGCUGGAUGAUAUUUGGGAGGAGGAUGAGGAGAAGGAUAAAAGCAAAUGGGAGGAUGUGCUCGCUCCUCUAGCUUCUGGGGGUUUUGGUAGUAAGAUUCUGGUAACAACUCGAACGGACUCAGUUGCACUGAUGUUUGCAAAGGUAAUUAAAAAGAAGAAGGAAAUAGUAAAAUUAGAGGGCCUAGAAGAAGAUGAGUGUUUGCAGCUCCUCAACUCUCAUGCAUUUGAUGGCGUAGAGAACCCUGAUGAUCAUAAAAGAUUAAGAGCAAUUGCUGGAGAGAUAGUUAAAAAGCUUUCAGGUUCUCCUUUGGCAGCAAAGGUCAUUGGUGGCGUUCUAAAUUCUCUUGACUUGGAUGAAAGGCGUUGGAGGACAGUUCUAGAAAGCAAUUUAUUGGGUCAGAAUUCUAUCGAUUCCAUCUUAAGACUGAGCUAUGUAGUUCUGUCAAAUCCUUUAAAAAGUUGUUUCGCAUUUUGCGGGAUGUUCGCACAUGAUCAUGAGUUUGAUAAAGAUGAUUUAAUCCGAAUGUGGAUUGCAUUGGGUUUUAUUAAGCCAUUUCUUGAUCAAGAAGAGUCUAUGGAGGAUAUCGGCGGAAGGUAUUUUGAUGUUUUGGUUAAAAAAUCUUUCUUUGAAAAGUUUGACAAAGUCUAUGAAAAUUCUUCGUACUACAAGAUGCAUGAUUUACUACAUGAAUUGGCACAGUUAGUUUCCAUACAGGAAUGUUUAAGAGUUAAGGAUAGUAUAAAGUUGCCUUCGAUAAUUCCCGGGACUCUUCGACACUUGUCUGUUCAAACUACAGAUCUAGACAUCUUAAGAAGGAUUGGAAAGUUUAAACAUUUGCAUUCUCUUUUCUUGUUCAAUAAAGGUUCUAAUCGGGAUCUUUGCGGUGCACUUACUGAAAUAUUCAAAGCAUGUAGAAGCCUACGCUUAUUAUACGUAUUUGCUAAAGACUUGGAAAAGAUACUUGAGGAGAUUGGAAAUUUGAUACAUCUUCGAUACUUAAAGAUUGAUGAUUAUAAUUUGACCAGGCUACCAAGAUCUCUAAGUAAUCUCUAUCACUUGCAAUACAUAAUCUUUUAUAGCAACUGGCUUAUGCCAUGGAUUAAUACAAACCAAUUUAAAGUUGAUUUUUUACCAAGUGACAUUAAUAACCUUUCAAACUUGCGUUACGGGAAAUUACCCGGGUGUUAUAUGUCAUCAAUAUGUGGGAUUGGGAAGCUAAAGUUUCUUCAAGAACUGGAUAUGUUUCAUCCUAGAGAUGAGAGUGGUUAUAGAAUUGGGGAGCUGGAGAAUAUGAAUGAUCUUUGCAAAUUAGGAAUCACCUACUUUGAAAAUGUGAAGGACGCCGAGGAGGCUUGUAGUGCCAAAUUAUGUUCCAAGAGGAGGCUCAAAGAUUUAAACUUAUGUUGGUGUAACGCUAAUUCGUGGAACAUCCAUUUAGAUGAGAACGUGCUCGACAACCUUCAGCCACCAAAUUGUCUAAGGAAUCUGAGUAUAAGUCAUUACAUGGGUGCAAGGUGUGCAAUAUGGAUGAACAAUGUCAAUCCGAUCUACAAUCUAGAGAAAAUCGAAUUGGUACGUUGCUUGGAGUGUGAAACUCUUCCACCUUUUGGGCAACUUCCCUUUCUCAAGUCUCUGAGCCUUUAUAACAUGCCAAAAGUAAAAUGGCUCGAAAGUAAAUUUAAUGGGAAUGAUAAAUACCGUGCCUUUCCAUUGCUAGAGCUGUUAGAUAUUUACUGCUUAACAGCAUUAGAGGAUUGGUUUGAGGCAGGAGUAGCUGCUGAAGAUGGACGUUUGUUUCCUUGCUUAAUUGAAUUAUCUAUACGUGACUGCCCGAAGUUGAAAGAGUUGCCCUCUUUGCCUCCUAUGCUUCGGGAAUUACCGAACCUUCUUCCCUCUUUGAAAAGGCUAGUAAUUUGGAGUUGUCAUCCAGAGUUACAUGAGCGCUACCGAGAGGAUGGAGGCUCCGAUCGGCAAAAGAUUGCUCACAUUCCCGAUAUCCGUAUUGAUCCCUGA